ACUUUUAUUGCAGCGGGUCAUAAUGUCUAUGCAGAGACUGAUGGUGAUGGCUGAUUUCCCGACGGGGUUCAGCACCAAACUGCAGGAUUUUUACAAGCGGUUGUAUUUCCCCACUGAGCUGAAGAGCGUGAAGAACAGUCUGAAUGUCCGUCCUUGGGAUGAUGUCCUGCUGGUGUCUGUGCUGAAGGGGCAGAAUGUGACGGGUGUCCGCAAAGACAAAGGCAAGAAGGACUUCCUAGUUGAACAGAUUUCUGUAGUUCUACUGAGAACAGAACUACUACAGCGACAGCACAGAUACAAAGAAUUAUGCCGCUACCUACGCGUUGUCGAGACGGACAAUCCCUUACUCUUCCACCAGGUUCAGGACCUCAUCCCGUUCUUCACGUGCAUGAUGGGGGACUUGCCGUUCGCUCUGGGCAGUUUGCUCCCCACAGUGAACGCCCCCGCCUCCCGCUUCACGCCACAACUCUUCCUCUUCUAUCUUCUCGUCUUUCAAACGGCAACAGCACCAAAGGUGGUGGUCCUUCAGUCAUCAGAGCUCUCCUUUGAUAAAGUGUGGGAGCCCAUUAAAGAUGCUGUGCCACUGACUUGGGUCACUCUGGUCAGGUUUGCUCUCAGGGUUCAUCGAUGCUGCCCUGCUGUCUACGCUGAUCCUCAGUGUUGGGCCAGUUUAAUCAAUGUCGCUAACACGCCCAAAGCUCUGCAAAGACCGAGCCCGAAGUUUCUUCUCGAAGCGAUGGGUUUUGUGAGCUCAACCCUUCAGGACGAGUACGGGUCAAACAUACAGAUCCCACGAUUCUUUAUGGAGGAGUACCCAGAUCAGGCCGUGUUGCUGUUGGUAACGGGAGCUUUGUGUUUGAGAAUCCUCGAUGCUCCUCUGAAUCCGGCCUUCCUGGUGCUCAAUGCGUUUAAGGAGAACGUGUGGGCUCUCGGCUGGCUGUGGAGCACUUUGUCCUCCAGCCCCGAACGCUUCAACUCCUUCCUGCUGGAGUUCUCCGAGGAGACGGAAAACAUUACAGGCUUAUCCUCUCAUCACUGGUUCCAUUUGCGCAUAGAUCAACCAGACUCCUGAUUCCUCGCUGAUGUUUCUGUCAAACACAAACCCCCGGUGCCUGGUCCUCGGCACAGUGGUGAGGGAGGAGCCACAGGAAAAUGUGUCUGAAGUUUUAUACAGACGCUACAAUGUACCUGACGAAGACACUUUAUGUUGACUACUUCGGAUCAGAGUCCUGUUUGCUGAAUGGUUUGGAAUUUAAUUCUGCACUAAAGGAUUUUUUUUCUUUCAAGUGAGUGAUGCUUAUUUUCAUGACUUUGUGGAAAUAUUCAUAUAUAUUCACUUUUGUUACAAAUGCCCCAAAGAGGUCAUGUUAUGUUGGA